CCCCCUAUCUCUCCUCACACUCACUCACUCGCGCUAUCUCUCUCUCUCUCUCUCAUCAGUCCACAUCACUCUCUAUCCUACUACUUUAAUUUGAACCUUUUCGCGUCACGCCGCGGAAACUUCUCCUACACACGAAGUAUUAUACUCCCGCUGCACCCACUAUUACGAAACCCUAGUGACCAAAAAUGUCGGGUUGUUGUUGAGCAGUCUCACUCCUUUUCACUCUCCCUGUUAUUCUCCAGAUCUAGACGCCAUUUCAGUAGAAUGGAGGAUCUUGUUGUUCAAUCCGGUGAAGAUCCCCCAGAAGGUCCCCAGAAUUCAGAGUUACAGGAGCAUUCAUCAGCUGGGAGUGUGAAGAGAACAUCGAAAACUGUAAAACCAAAUGCCACGGUGAUGCCAAAGGUCUUAGGACCAACCGGGCCUACAAGAAAGACAAUGGAAGUGAAGAGCAGUUCGGAUUUGAGUAAGACUCUCAUUAAAUCAACUGCAACGAAAGCUAGUUCUUCAAAGUUAGUUCCGGUGGUUAGAAGGAACAGCACCGGAGGUUUGCCUGAGAAACAGCCAAGUUCAAUUGCUAAAAGGCAAACUAGUGUUAAUCCAGUUGCUAGCAAAAAGAUUAGUCCUCCGGCUUCAGAAUCACCAAGGCAGUCUCUCCCGGAGGUUAGAAGGAGUUCACUACCUUCCGUCGCUACCAAAUCAUUGACCCGGUCAGCAAUCUCAGAGACUAGAAAGUCGGUGUCCUCUGCACCUAUUGCUCGAACUUCGAGAACACUGUCUUCUUCAGAUGCAAACAAACAAGAUUCUGGGAAGAAAUCUUUUGUGACAUCAUCACCAUCAGUUUCUUCCUCAAAGAGGGUUGCUUCUUCACCAUUAGGGAGCACUGCCAGCAGCACAACCAGGAAAGCCGUUCCAAAGGUCUCUUCUCCAUCAGCUGGGUCACCUUCAGUUUCCAGUGGAUCAAAAGGUAGCUUAUUGUCUUCGUCAGUAAACAGGAGUUCCAGUUUAUCUGGUCGUCGUAAGGUGGCAACACCAGAAAGUCGGGAUUCUCGUUUCAUUAUGCUUCCUCAAGUGAUCAAAGCGAGUGAUGAUGUGAGGUUGGAUCUUAGGGGUCACCGGAUUCGAAGUCUCAAUUCUAGCGGGUUGAAUUUGUCACCUACUUUGGAGUUUGUUUAUCUCAGAGACAAUCUCUUGUCUACAGUGGAAGGUGUUGAGCUAUUGAAGAGGGUGAAGGUUCUUGAUUUGAGCUUUAAUGAUUUCAAAGGGCCUGGAUUUGAACCACUUGAGAACUGUAAAGCCCUCCAGCAACUUUAUCUUGCUGGGAAUCAAAUUACAUCACUCACGAGCCUUCCUAAACUUCCUAAUCUAGAGUUUCUGUCUGUUGCCCAAAAUAAGUUGAAGUCACUGUCAAUGGCCAGUCAGCCUCGAUUACAGGUAUUAGCUGCAAGCAAAAACAGAAUUUUGACUUUGAAGGGAUUCCCACAUUUACCAGCCCUUGAGCAUCUACGUGUUGAGGAGAAUCCAAUACUUGAGAUGCCACAUCUAGAAGCAGCUUCUAUCUUGCUUGUUGGCCCAACUUUGAAAAGAUUCAAUGAUCGAGAUCUAUCCCGAGAAGAGAUGGCAUAUGCAAAGCGUUAUCCUGCACACACUGCUUUGUGCAUUAGAGAUGGUUGGGAGUUUUGCCGUUCAGAUCAUGCUGUAGAUUCAACUUUUCGGUUUCUGUUGGAACAAUGGAAGGACCAAUUUCCUCCAGGCUACCUUCUCAAGGAAGUUUCUAUUGAUAAACCAUUUGAAGAAGAUGCUUGUUGCUGCCACUUCAACUUUGUCACGGAAAAAACUGGGAGCAGCAAUUCGGACUUGGUCUUGAAGUACCAAUGGUUUGUAGGAGAAAGAACUCCUUCAAAUUUUAUUGCCAUCCCAGAGGCCACAGGAGAGGUGUACUUGCCUAAGCACGAGGACAUUGGCAGAAUUCUGAAAGUGGAGUGCACGCCUGUCCUUGAUGGGACUGAGUAUCCUAUAGUAUUUGCUAUUUCAUCACGAGUUUCACCUGGAACUGGAUGGCCAAAGGUUUUGAAGAUUGAUGUGCGUGGGGAACUAAUGGAGGGAAACACUAUUAGGGGAUACGCAGAAGUUGCAUGGUGUGGUGGAACUCCAGGAAAAAGGGUUGCUAGCUGGCUAAGGAGAAGAUGGAAUAGCAGCCCAGUAGUAAUUGCUGGUGCAGAAGAUGAGCAAUACCAGCUGACUCUAGAUGACAUUGAUUCAUGUUUGGUUUUUAUGUACACUCCAGUGACAGAAGAAGGUGUCAAAGGAGAGCCUCAGUAUGCAAUCACUGAUACUGUAAAAGCAGCUCACCCUUCAGUCAAUGAUGUGCAAAUUAUCGGUGAGGUUGUUGAAGGAGGUACCAUCAAAGGUGUUGGAAAAUACUUUGGAGGAAGAGAGGGUCCGAGCAAAUUUGAGUGGUUGCGCGAGGACAGGAACAGCGGGGAGUUUGUAUUAGUGUCAACUGGUACACCAGAGUACGUUUUAACCAGAGAAGACAUUGGCCUGCGCUUGGCUUUUGUAUAUCUGCCCAUCAAUCUUGAAGGGCAGGAAGGGGAGUCUGUAUCAACAAUUUCGCAGAUAGUUAAGCAAGCUCCCCCAAAAGUAACAAAUUUGAAGAUAAUCGGUGACAUAAGGGAGGGAAAUAAGGUAACUGUCACUGGUACUGUGACUGGAGGAACUGAAGCAUCUAGCAGAGUUCAAUGGUUUAAAUCAACUUAUUCAACAUUAGAGGGUGAGAAUGGUCUUGAUGCAUUAGGCACUUCAAAGAUUGCAAAGGCUUUUCGCAUACCAUUGGGAGCUGUUGGCUAUUUCAUUGUCGCGAAGUUUACCCCUAUGACUCUGAAUGGCGAGUCUGGUGAAUCGGCAUAUGUUAUAUCUGGAAGAGCAGUUGAAACUCUUCCGCCGAGCCUAAAUUUUUUGUCUAUCACCGGCGAUUACUGUGAAGAUGGAAUACUCACAGCCUCAUAUGGCUACAUAGGGGGUCAUGAAGGAAAAAGUACCUACAAUUGGUAUCUUCACGAGGUUGAGACUGAUUCCGGCACCCUAAUACCGGAGGUUUCAGGUCUCCUUCAAUAUCGUCUUACCGAAGAUGCCAUCGGUAAAUUCAUUUCCUUUAAAUGUAUCCCAAUACGUGAUGAUGGGAUUGUGGGUGAGCCAAGAACUUGCAUGGGGCAGGAACGUGUUCAACCUGGGAGCCCAAGAUUGCUUUCUCUGCAAAUAGUCGGAACUACAGUUGAAGGCAGUCCACUGACUGUUGAUAAAAAGUAUUGGGGUGGCAAAGAGGGUGACUCAGUUUUCCGGUGGUUCCGGACUAGUUCCGAUGGCAACCAAACUGAAGUUAAAGAUGCUACUACUGCAUCAUACAUACUCUCAGUUGAUGAUAUUGGCUUCUUUGUAUCUGUUUCAUGUGAACCUGUAAGAAGUGAUUGGGCUCGUGGUCCUAUUGUGCUCUCAGAACAAAUUGGACCAAUAAUACCGGGGCCACCUACUUGCCAGUCACUUAAAUUUCUUGGAUCAUUCGUGGAAGGACAACGGUUGAGUUUUAUUGCUUCUUAUAGUGGAGGGGAAAAAGGAGAUUGCUUCUAUGAGUGGUUUAGAUUGGAAAGUAAUGGCGUCAAGGAUAAGCUAAAUGCUGGCGCAGAGUUCCUGGACUUGCGUUUGGAGGAUGUAGGAAGAUGUCUGGAACUUGUGUACACACCUGUUCGUAAAGAUGGUGUUAAAGGGAGUGCUACGUGUGUCUUGUCUACUGCGGUUUCUCCUGUUUUUGUUGUAAUAGCGGAACCAAUGGGUGUGGAGCUUGUAAUUCCUGAUUGCUGCGAGGACCAGAUUGUGGUCCCUCUAAAGACAUACUUUGGUGGACAAGAAGGUGAUGGGGAAUAUGUUUGGUACAGAACAAAGAAAAAAUUAAACGAAGCUGAUCUCAUGGAUAUCACUGAUAUGUGUGAAGAUGUCCAUGUGUGUGGACAAAGACCAACAUAUACACCUACACUGGAGGAUGUGGGGGCGUAUUUGGCUUUGUAUUGGCAGCCGACUCGUGCAGAUGGUAAAUGUGGAAAGCCACUAGUAUCAAUUUGCGAUUCUCCAGUAACUCCUGCUCUUCCAGUAGUUUCUAAUGUUCAUGUAAAGGAGUUGUCUUCGGGUACUUAUUUCGGGGAAGGAGAAUAUUUUGGUGGAUAUGAAGGACAGAGCUUGUUUAGCUGGUAUAGAGAAACUAGUGAGGGAACUAUCAGCCUUAUAAAUGGAGCGAAUACUAAAUCAUACCAAGUUACAGAUUCAGACUACAACUGCCGUCUGUUGUUCGGGUAUACACCUGUUCGUUCAGAUUCAAUUGUGGGAGAACUCCGAUUAUCUGAGCCAACUGAUAUUGUUCUCCCUGAGCUUCCAAAUAUCGAGAUGCUUGUUCUUACUGGAAAGGCGGUUGAAGGAGAUGUACUCACAGCUCUUGAAGUAAUUCCAAUGAGUGAAAUUCAGCAACAUAUUUGGGCAAAGUACAAGAAGGAUGUCAGAUACCAAUGGUUUUGUUCUUCUGAAGCAGGAAAUGACAUGUCCUUUGAGCCAUUACCUUCUCAACGGUCUUGCUCCUAUAAGCUGCGAUUAGAGGAUAUUGGCCUGUGUCUACGCUGUGAAUGCAUUGUGAAUGAUGUGUUUGGAAGGUCAAGUCAACCAGCAUAUGCUGAUACUGCCACCGUUUUGCCAGGCAUUCCGCGGAUAGAUAAGUUGGAGAUUGAGGGCAGAGGUUUCCACACCAACUUAUAUGCUGUUCGUGGCGUUUAUAGUGGAGGAAAAGAGGGCAAAAGUAGAAUCCAGUGGCUUAGAUCAAUGGUUGGAAGUCCUGAUCUUAUCUCUAUUCCCGGUGAGACUGGGAGAAUGUAUGAAGCUAAUGUAGAUGACGUGGGUUACAGGCUUGUAGCAUUAUAUACUCCUUUUAGAGAGGACGGAGUUGAGGGCCAACCUGUUUCCGUAUCGACAGACCAAAUUGCAGUUGAGCCUGAUAUUCUUAAAGAAGUGAAGCAAAAGCUUGAUCUUGGAUCUGUGAAGUUCGAGGCAUUGUGUGACAAGGACAGAUCUCCGAAAAAGGUUCCAGGAUUGGGUAGUCUUGAGAGAAGAAUUCUGGAGGUUAAUAGAAAGAGAAUCAAGGUUGUGAAGCCUGGUUCGAAAACUUCUUUUCCCACCACUGAAAUACGUGGAACCUAUGCUCCUCCAUUCCAUGUGGAGCUUUUCCGAAACGACCAACACCGAAUAAGGAUAGUAGUCGACAGUGAGAAUGAAGUAGACUUGCUGGUGCAGACCCGUCAUCUGAGAGAUGUUGUGGUGCUUGUGAUUCGAGGCCUUGCUCAGCGGUUCAACAGCACUUCCCUCAACACUCUUCUCAAAAUUGAGAAUUAAAUCGAUGUAUAUAUUUGUAAAAUGAGUCCAUAUUUGCUUCUCUCCCUCUCUCUCUCUGUAUUUUUCCCUUUUACCUCCCCUUUCACUGUCUUGUUUGGGUUUUCCAGAGAUUCUCGUUGACGAAACAACCAUGUGUAUAUUUAUUUGUAAUGUCUAAGAACCAGUGCAGCAUCUGAGGGACUUGGGAUGUUACAGUUAAGGGUAUAUUACUAUUACCCAAAUAUACUAUUGUUCGCAAAAGUCAGUUUUGAUGAAAUGCUGAUGAUUUAUAUGGAUUUGUUUUCA